AUGAUACCAAUAACCACACACCCCAUCAUGCCUUCAACACUUUAUAGCCUUUUGAUCAUUCUGAUACUUUUCUCAGCUUGUGUUGCUACCGGGAAGAACUUAGAUGGUUACUAUAUUCCGAAGCUGAGCGUACUCCCCCGAACAUUUAUUCAAGAUCCUACAUGGGAGGUUCGAGCUUCCGUCUCAUCAAAGGACUUCCAGACUUUCUUUUACAACCAAACCCUCGAUCAUUUUAAUUACAGGCCGGAAAGCUACACUACUUUCAAACAAAGAUAUGUGAUCAAUUUUAAAUACUGGGGUGGCACAAAUGCAAGUGCCCCAAUCUUCGUUUAUUUCGGUGGAGAAGAACCCAUCGACAUCGACAUGGCCUAUUGUGGGUUCCCGACGGAUAACGCGGCUCAGUUUAGAGCGCUUGUGGUCUAUGUAGAGCAUCGAUUUUAUGGUGAAUCAAUCCCGUACGGAUUGACGCUCGAAAAAGCGCCAAGUGACCCGAACACCCGCGGAUAUUUCAGCUCGGCGCAAGCUCUCGCGGAUUACGCGGAAAUCCUUGUAUACCUCAAACAGAAAUUGAAUGCCAAACAUUCUCCGAUAAUUGUCAUUGGAGGAUCAUAUGGGGGAAUGCUCGCUUCAUGGUUCCGAUUGAAAUACCCCCAUGUGACGCUCGGAGCUUUGGCAUCAUCUGCUCCAAUUCUUGACUUUCCCGACAUCAUACGUCGGGACCCAUACUAUUCAGUAGUCGCAAAAGAUUUUUUGAAAACUAGUUUUUCUUGCCACCGAACCAUAAGACGAUCCUGGGAGGAAAUUGAUAGAGUUGCUUCGGAGCCUCAUGGUCUCACGAAAUUGAGCAGAACUUUCAAAACUUGCAGACCAUUAAAAAGUUCGUCGGAGCUCAAGGACUACUUGAUAUCGCUCUACGCAAAUGUUGCUCAGUACAAUGAUCCAUUCACACGUCGAGUGAAAGUGAUGUGCGAUGCCAUUGAUAAAAAUGACAUCCUUGGGAAGAUUUUCGCAGGCCUCGUCGCUUCGAUCAGAAAUUCGACAUGCUACAUCAAUCGACCUUAUACACCAUCUCAAACUAAUUUGGGUUGGGAUUGGCAGACAUGUACGGAGAUCUUAAGUGCUGAUGAGAUCACCAACGACAAUACUAUGUUUCAACCACAACCCUUCGACCUAAAUGAGCUCGUGAAUAACUGCAAGAGAAAGUUUGGCGUCGCACCUCGGCCACACUGGGCCACAACUUAUUACGGUGGUCAUGAUAUAGAACUUGUUUUGCACAGGUUCGCUAGCAACAUUAUUUUCUCCAAUGGGCUUCAAGAUCCUUAUAGCAGGAGCGGGAUCUUGAAGAAUAUUUCAGCUACUGUCGUUGCGGUCUACACAACUAAAGGUUCUCAUUGUUUGGACAUAAUUCGAGCUACUGAAAAAGAUCCUAUCUGGUUGGUCAAGCAGCGGAAAAUCGAGGUUGAGAUUAUACGAAAAUGGAUUGCCACCUAUUAUGCCGAUCUUCGUGCUUUUGGAAAAUAA